CGCGAUCUCGCGGUGCACGGUGUCGACGCGAACGCGCGCUGUGGAGAACGAGCGAUCGAUCCGUCACCGUCUGAACGCGCCGGGCGAAAUCGCGCGCGAGGGUCAGUCGCGCGUCGGGGGUAGAUCGCGAGCGCGGGGGCGGGUGCAUUAGGCCAUCGCCAAUCCAAACGCCGCGAUGGGGAGCUCGAGCGACAGCGGCUCCGGGUCUUCGAGCUCGUCGUCGUCCUCGUCCGACAGUGAUCGGCGUCGCAAGCCGUCGAAGAAACGCGGGGACGAGAAGCGCGGCGGGGACGGCGACGGAGCGCGGACGAGAGAGGACGACGGCAGGGAUGGCGCGGCGAGAUCUGCAGGUCGCGACAACGACAGCAACAAACGCCGAAGAGGGCGCGACUCGUCGCCGCCGCCGCCGCCGCGCAGGAGGGACGCUCGCGAUGACAUCAAAGGCAAGGGGCGAGAGAGCCAGGACGCGCAGGCGAAGGAGAGAGAGCCGCGGAAGCCGCUCGUCGCGGGGAAGGCGGGAGGGGCGUACAUACCGCCGUUCAAGCUCGCUCAAAUGAUGGCGGAGCAGGCGGACAAGACCGGGCCGGAGUAUCAGAGGAUGACCUGGGACGCGCUCAAGAAGAGCAUCAACGGUCUCGUGAACAAAGUGAACGCGAGCAACGUGAAGAACAUCCUCCCGGAGCUCUUUGCGGAGAACAUGAUCCGAGGACGCGGGUUGUUCGCGAGGAGCGUGAUGAAGUCGCAGAUGGCGUCGCCGCAGUUCUCGCCGAUCUUCGCCGCGCUCGUCGCGGUCGUGAACACGAAAUUCCCCGAGCUCGGCGAGCUCGUUCUGACGCGCGUCAUCUUGCAGUUUCGGAGGGCGUUCAAGCGAAACGACAAGCCCGUGUGCGUCGCCGCGACGCGGUUUCUCGCGCACCUCAUCAAUCAGCAGGUGACGCACGAGCUUCUCGCUCUCGAGCUCCUCACCGUGCUGCUCGCGUCUCCCACGGACGACUCCGUGGAGGUCGCGAUCGAGUUCGUGAAGGAGUGCGGCUAUACCCUUAACGAGCUCACGCCGCAAGGUUUGCACAGUAUCUUUGAACGAUUCCGCGGGAUCCUUCACGAGGGCGAGAUCGACAAACGUGUGCAGUUCAUGAUCGAGGGUUUGUUCGCGGUGAGGAAAGCCGGGUUCGAGGGGAAGCAAGGCGUGCCCCCUGAGCUCGACUUAGUCGAAGAGGAUGACCAGAUCGUGCACGAGCUGUCCUUAGACGACGACCUUAAAGCCGAGGCGACCCUCGACAUCUUCAAAGUGGACCCCGAGUACGAAGAGAGCGAGAGGAAGUACGCGGACAUCAAGAGGGAGAUCUUGGGGGAGUCUUCCUCGGACGAAGAGAGCGGCAGCGACGACGACGACGAUGAUGAGAGCUCGGACGAAGAGGACGAGGGUCCCGCGCAGCAGCAGGCGCAGCAGGAAAUUCAAGAUCAGACGGAGACGAACCUCGUGAACUUGAGGAGGACGAUUUAUUUGACGAUCAUGUCGUCGCUCGACUUCGAGGAAGCCGGUCAUAAGCUCAUGAAGAUCAACAUUCAACCCGGGCAGGAGGUGGAGAUUUGCACUAUGUUAACCGAGUGUUGCUCGCAAGAGAGAACGUUUCUGAGAUACUACGGGCUCCUCGCGCAACGGUUUUGUUUCAUCGAUCAGCAAUACGCUCAGCUCUUCGACGAGGUCUUCAUGAAGCAAUACUCUACGAUUCACAGGCUAGAGACGAGCAAGCUGCGCAACGUGGCUAAGUUCUUCGCGCAUCUUCUGUCCACGGACGCGAUCUCAUGGACGAGCUUGGCGUAUCUUCAACUCACGGAGGAGGCGACGACAUCGUCUUCUCGUAUUUUCAUCAAGAUUUUGUUCCAGGAGCUCUCCGAGUCUUUCGGACUGCGCAAGCUGAACGAGAGGUUGCAAGAUAAAAACAUGGCCGAGUAUUUCCAGGGGAUCAUGCCUAAGGAUACGCCGAAGAACACCAGGUUCGCGAUCAACUUCUUCACCUCCAUCGGCCUCGGUGGCUUGACGGACGACUUGCGCGAACACCUGAAAAACAUGCCGAAGAUGAUCAUGGCUAAAAAGGAAGACAGCGACAGCGAUUCGGAUAGCAGCAGUAGUUCUUCUUCUUCUUCUUCUUCGUCCAGCUCGUCUUCAAGCUCGAGUAGCUCCUCCUCGAGCUCGAGCAGCAGCAGCUCGAGCAGCAGCAGCUCGAGCUCUUCAGACAGUCGAGCGAAGAAGAAGUCGCGCAAGAAGUAA